UAUAAAUAUUUGUAUGGAAAAAAAAGGCUUAUUGAGACCUUUUCUGAGGCAUGUUCACUUUUAUAUUCCCAGCACCUGGAACUAUGUCUGGUGCAUGGUAAAUGCUCAAUAAUUUAUUUGUUGAAUGAAAGUAAAUGCCCUAAAAUGGAACAUGACUUUUCUUGAUGGCUUGCCAUUUACAUUUUAUAUCACUGUUAUUAUCGGGGUUUGCAAUCAAGUUAGUGAUUAUAGAUAGUGAGAUGACUUGCUCAUAGAAGUUGAUGUGGUGAAUAUUUCAGUAAUAUAAAUUUAGCCUGACCUCUCUUUGAUUUUUGAUUCCUGUCAUUCUUAAAGAGGCAGGAAACAUACCAUACAUGCUUCUGGGAGCUGGGGCAUUUUCAAAUUAAACAUUUCCUCCCUCUCCAAGUAUUGAGACUCAUUGUCUGUGUUAAGAUGUAUUAUUAAUGGAAAUGUAAAUUUACUUGUGAAGUUGAAAAGAGGAGGCACAGAAGACAGUUUGAGAAUAUGUGAAAUGCUCAUAUUUUAGUUACUGGGAAACAGUUGGACCUAGAUAAUUGGAAUAUUAUUAUUAAGACUUUUAGUAACAUUUAUGUAUACAGAAAGAAAUUUAGAUUUUAAUAAAGUUUUUUCACUUAUAAUUGACUUAAUUAUAACUGAUUAUAAUAUGCAUAUUCAUUCAUAUGAAACAAAAUCUCAUUAAACAGUACUUAUCCUUAUUACAUGUGUGUACUCCAUUUUCUUUUCCAUUCUGUAAUAUUUCAUUUAAAAACUGAUGCUUGAGACCCGUUAAAUUGAUUUAAUGACCCACUAAUGGGUCCUGGUUAACAGUUUGGAAAGCACUGGUCUAACAGAAGCUGGUGGUAAUUUUUAAAGGCCAGAAUUUCCUGAAUCUUAAUAGGGAUGUAUAAGGGGGUAUCACUGAAAUCGGGUUUCAAAAAUGAAAAGUGUUGCAGAUGAUAGUUACUAAAUCUUUCUGAGACAAAAUAAGUUUCUGUAGUACGUAGUUAGAGAAACUGAUGUCCAUUUUUGACAUUGCAGUUAAUGAUUUAGCUUUUAAAAGUAAAUAUUUAGUGUUUUCUUAGACAACCAGAGCUGAGUCAAUGCCAGAAACCAGUAAUUGGGACACUUGCUGCUAAUAGAAGCAUGCGAUGUAACGGCUAGCCAUCACAUCACAAAUACCCUUACUCAUUUAAAUUUCAGAGAAGCCUAAAGACAUGUAAUGUAAUUUUUAUAGAGACUUAAUAAAGCACUUGAAACAUUGAAUUGGUCAUUUUAUGUAUUAAAUAUGGGCUUUUCAUUUAAAAUAACAGUAAUGGGAAACCAACGCUAUGACAGAUAACAUUUAAAUAUAAAAUUUAAUUUUUAAAUUUCUAUUCCUUGUAGUUUUGCAUAUGCCAAGAUCAUUGAAUAAUAUGUUAAACAUGAAAAGUAUACCCAUAAAAACUUUUAAUAUUUUCAGGGACAUGGAAAAAUUCCGUAUGUAUUGCAGUAGUCUUUUGGAAGUUUGGUAGGAUAUUAAUAAUCAUUUUAAAAAAAUUUAGAACUCUUCAUAAGCAUUUACUUAAAAGCUUUAGCUAUGUCUGUGUUUUUUUUUUUUCUUUCUAAAUGAGGUAGCACAUAUUAUACUGAUAUGUUCUCAGUCUACUUUCUGUUUUAUCUAUUUUGCAACCUUAAGGAGGUCAGUUGGCUCUGUACAGUCCUACAUUAUUGGGCCAUGCAAAUUAGAGAAUCUGAUUUUCUGUUUUAUGUUCUGAAAGUUCAUCAGUGAUCAUCAUAUUAGAAGUAUGCCAGUGACCUACAUUUCUACUCAUGUAGUCAGAUUAUGUCUAGUAUUCCUGUAUUUGGCAGCUCAUUUUUGUCUUUAUUAGUGAAUCAAAAUUGUAUUUGUUUAUGAAAGCAAAGCAAUUGAUUAUUUGUGUUUUUUUCAAGGAUGAUUUUAGAAAGUGUCCUUUUGAUUAAUUUUCUGUUUUUUAGUAAAGAUUUUUAAAUAAGUCAGUAAGCUGAGAAUUAAACAGUCAAACAUAAUUUGUAAAUAUUUUAUUACCUUCUGGGCAAACUCAUGUAGCUUUAAUCACAUUAAGUUCAUGUCCAUUAUUUUUAGUAGUAGAAGGUUUAAGGUUUCAGUUACUUCAAUUAAAGAGGUAAUUUUUUUUUUUUAAAUAUUUUAUUGUACUUCAGGUGAAGGCUUACAGAACAGAUAGUUUCUCAUGUAACAGUAACACACAUGCUGUUUUAUGACAUCGGUCAACAACCCCACAACAUUUUAACCCUAAAGAGCUCUCUAUCAAUAUCAGCUUACGUCACUGAAAAGAUAAUUUUGAAGACAUGUUUUGCUGAAAAGACAACUGAGAAAAGUCAUUUUACGAAUGGGAUGAACACGUGCCAGUUAGUUGACUACCUACUACAAUUUGAAUGUUAACAUUGUCCACCUGGUACAGUUACCUAGUGAUGUACCUGUUCUUACAAUACCCUAUUUCAGCGUGCUUGUCUUGAUUAAAGAAUUCAAAGUGGAGUACCGCAAACUUGAUAUGGAUAAUAAAAAGAAAGACAAGGACAAAUCAGAUGAUAGAAUGGCACGGCCUAGUGGUCGAUCGGGGCACAACACUCGAGGAACUGGAUCUUCAUCCUCUGGAGUUUUAAUGGUUGGACCUAACUUUAGAGUUGGAAAAAAAAUUGGAUGUGGCAAUUUUGGAGAAUUACGAUUAGGGAAGAAUUUAUACACAAAUGAAUAUGUGGCAAUUAAGCUGGAACCCAUGAAAUCCAGAGCACCACAGCUACAUUUAGAAUACAGAUUCUACAAGCAGUUAGGAUCUGGAGAUGGUAUACCUCAAGUUUACUAUUUUGGCCCUUGUGGUAAAUACAACGCUAUGGUGCUGGAACUGCUGGGACCUAGUUUGGAAGACUUAUUUGACCUGUGUGACAGAACAUUUUCUCUUAAAACAGUUCUCAUGAUAGCUAUACAACUGAUUUCUCGUAUGGAAUAUGUCCAUUCAAAGAACUUGAUAUACAGAGAUGUAAAACCUGAGAACUUCUUAAUAGGACGACCAGGAAACAAAACCCAGCAAGUUAUUCAUAUUAUAGAUUUUGGUUUGGCAAAGGAAUAUAUUGAUCCAGAGACAAAGAAACACAUACCAUACAGAGAACACAAGAGUCUUACGGGAACAGCUAGAUAUAUGAGCAUAAAUACACAUUUAGGAAAAGAACAAAGUAGAAGAGAUGAUUUAGAAGCUUUAGGUCAUAUGUUCAUGUAUUUUCUGAGAGGCAGUCUUCCUUGGCAAGGUUUAAAGGCUGAUACAUUAAAAGAGAGGUAUCAGAAAAUUGGAGAUACAAAGCGAGCCACACCAAUAGAAGUGUUAUGUGAAAAUUUUCCGGAAGAAAUGGCAACAUAUCUUCGUUAUGUAAGAAGGCUAGAUUUUUUUGAAAAACCAGACUAUGACUACCUAAGAAAGCUUUUUACUGAUUUGUUUGAUCGAAAAGGAUAUUUGUUUGAUUAUGAAUAUGACUGGAUUGGUAAACAGUUGCCUACUCCAGUGGGUGCAGUUCAGCAAGAUCCUGCUCUGUCAUCAAACAGAGAAGCACAUCAGCACAGAGAUAAGAUGCAACAAUCCAAAAACCAGUCGGCAGACCACAGGGCAGCUUGGGACUCCCAGCAGGCCAAUCCCCACCAUUUGAGAGCUCACCUUGCAGCAGACAGACAUGGUGGCUCGGUACAGGUUGUAAGCUCUACAAAUGGGGAAUUAAACACAGAUGACCCCACUGCAGGACGUUCAAACGCACCCAUCACAGCCCCUACGGAAGUAGAAGUGAUGGAUGAAACCAACUGCCAGAAAGUGUUGAACAUGUGGUGCUGCUGUUUUUUCAAACGAAGGAAAAGGAAAACUGUUCAGCGCCACAAAUGACUUUGGACACAGACAGAUCAUGGGGAAUUACUUACAUAUUCAUCUGCUGUCUUGUGAUUAAAAUCAUCUCUGUAGUGACCACAUAUAUUUUCAAGGACUCACUCUUAAAAACAUCAUAUCUUCAUACUUCAUUUUGUGAUUGUCUUACGGUCAUAUUUUUUUCUAAUUUAACUUUUAUGGAAGCUUUAAAGUUUUGUCAAAACAUGAGUGCUUUGCCCAUCAAUGAAAGGAAUGGACUAGUGCAGUGGUAUCAAUAAAUAUAGUUCUAUAGAACAUUUUUCAGAAGCUCUUCUCCUGUUGUAGAAAGCAGUACAGUAUCUUAAAUGUCAACCAGUUUUAUACCUAACCUGGUUUUUUAUGAGUUCUGUCAGAGCUUAAUCAAACAGGAAGUUUCUCCCCAGUGGAUAAUGCAACAGAGAAAACAGAGUCGCCCAAAUGUUUAAAAGAAGUGAUUCCUUGAGAAGUUCAUAUUUUGUAUGACAUCUGCAUUGAGUUCAGUAUUACUGAUGGUACUGCUAUUCAUGAGUCAUAUUAAGAGUCUCUGUGUGAAAUCAUGGUACAGUCACUGCCCAGAGGUACUGAGGAAAAAGCUCUUUGGAUUCUGCAGAUGGUAGUGAUAAAUCACGAGUCACGCGGUGAAUAUGAGUUCUGCUUUUGUUGCACCACUAUGUGAAGUGCGGUGUUGCAGAUGUGGCAAAAGUGCUUAUUAAAAAAAUGCAAAAUAUUUGUAUAAUGCAACUUUAUGCUUCCAGAUAAUAAUGUAUUUAGACAGCAGGAAAUGAAUACUUUGAGAAAUGAGAUAUGUUGGAGUUUAAAAAAAUAUACCAAGGAGAAAAAAUAAAUGUGAACCUCACUGAAAUGUAUUAAGGGUGAAGUCUAAGGUGACCCUGUUGAAACCUACUGCUGAAUGGUUACGUUCUCCCUUAAGCGGAAAACUUUGGAUGUGCCACACAAUGGUGUUCUGUUUAUUAAAAUAUUUUGCUUUUUGAUUAAAAAAAAAAAAAAAAAGAC